AGGCGGGAACAGUCUCGAUUCUCGAAUACGUUUCAUUCACCUGCCAGUCUCUUCCAGAGACUGUCCGCUUCAUAGCUUCUCCAUUUCCGUUCUCGCAAAUUCAAACUUCCUGAAACUAAUAAUAGAUGAUGGAUCGUUGAUCUCCCAUCCCUAAAUUUCUCCCGUCAGAGACGAUGAUGAGGUCGUUCCAUGAUCAUCAUACCUUGAACUGGCUGAUCGCAUUUCGUUGCUCUCUUCUCUAUGGGAUCGGAGAAUUCUUUAUCUUUGGAUAAAAUGGUUUUCGAAUCAUCAGAAGAUUUGAAGAUAAUUCAAUGGGAGGAUCUUGAGCAAGAGCUUUCUAGACUCUGGAGUCUGUCUUCUUCGCUCAAUAAAUCUAAGGAAAAAAAGAGUUCCCUCCAGCAGAAGCUCCAAUCACUUAUUCAGGUGAGAGCAGAAUCACUUAGUAGGUCAAAUGAACUUGAGGACAGACGCCAACUACUUGAGGCACGAAAGUUGGCAAUGGAUAAUAUGUUGACGGGUUCAAAGCUUGUAGCUGAGGAUAUGAAAAAGCGUGAGGAGCAGCUUACUGUUGAAAUUAGAUCACUUCUGAUAGCAGGGAAGGCUCUUUCCGUGGCUAGUAAGCAAUUGCAGGUAACUGCAAUCGUUUUUGGGUAUGUGCAUAUGUUGGUUAGUGGUGUUCUAGAAGACUUCCUACAUUAUCUAAUGGAAUCUCGUCCUGCAUUUAUCUGUUACUGCUAG